GCUCGUUCGUGCGAUUCCUUUCCACGUCCGCGUACCCUCGUGAAGUGGAACGUCUCCCCGUCUCACGCGCAUCGGUAUAAAAGGCACUCUGUUCUCGCGCAUCAUGUCUGUGUCGCCGGAUAAACGACGAAAGAUGGAGUCUGCGCUGGAUCAGCUGAAAAAGCACACUGUCGUCGUUGCGGACACCGGCGAUUUCAAUGCCAUUGAAGAAUAUAAGCCCCAGGAUGCUACAACAAAUCCCUCUCUCAUCCUGGCAGCAGCUAAGAUGCCUGCCUACCAACAGCUGGUUGAUCAGGCAAUUAAAUAUGGCAUUGCCAGUUGCAGGACUGAAGAGGAGCAAGUGACUAACACUAUGGACAAGCUUUUUGUCAACUUUGGGCUUGAGAUCCUGAAGAUUAUCCCUGGUAGAGUCUCCACAGAGGUGGAUGCAAGGCUGUCGUUUGACAAGGAUGGAAUGGUGGCUCGUGCGCGAAGGCUCAUCUCUCUGUAUGAGGAAGCUGGAGUGAGUAAAGAACGUGUGCUUAUUAAGCUUUCCUCUACAUGGGAAGGAAUUCAGGCUGGCAGGGAGUUGGAGGAAAAGUAUGGCAUUCAUUGCAACAUGACCCUGCUGUUCUCCUUCGCCCAGGCAGUGGCUUGCGCUGAGGCUAAGGUCACCCUCAUUUCACCCUUUGUUGGGCGAAUCCUGGACUGGUACAAGGAGAACACUGACCGCAAGAGCUAUGAACCACAUGAAGACCCAGGUGUCCUGAGUGUAAAGAAGAUCUAUAACUACUAUAAAAAGUUUGAAUAUAGUACAGUAGUGAUGGGUGCCUCCUUCAGGAACACUGGAGAGGUGAAGGCUCUGGCUGGUUGUGAUCUGCUCACCAUCUCUCCAGGGCUGCUGGGAGAACUUAGCCAGGAUAACAGUGCUGUGUCCUUAUCUCUCUCUCCACAGGGAGCAAAGUCUAAUGAUCUGGAAAAGCUGCACUUGGAUGAGAAGGCUUUUCGCUGGCUUCACAAUGAAGACCGCAUGGCUGUGGAGAAACUCUCUGACGGCAUCCGGAAAUUUGCUGCUGAUGCAGUAAAGCUUGAGAGCAUGAUUAAGGAGAAGAUGCUUAAUGUGAAGAAUGGACUGUAAUGAGAUGAGGCCCUGAUACCAGAGAGAUCGGUAAUCUCUCGAUCCUGCAUUCCUGUUUGGGCCCCUUGAGCUGCACUGUGCCACUUCUGGCUGACUUUGUGACCAAUAAGAGAAGCUGCACUAAAUACCAACUUUUGUAACUUUGUGGAUAACAUGCCUCUUAAUAAUAGUGUAGUAUCAGAAGCAUCCCUUUUAAGAUAUAAAAUGGUAACAGAAAAGGCUAUCUUGGAUUUUCUUUGAGAGAUACUGUGUACCUGCUCUCCCUGUAUGAGAUGUGGUUUGAGGUGGGAGUACUUUAGGGGUUUUGGUAAAAUGAAUCCCAGCUGGGUAGCCACAAAACCAAAGGCCUCAACAGGUCAAAGAUCUGACUUAGGAGUCAGAAUUGCUACUGCUUCCUGUUUCCAAUAAACCCUUGAAGAAAAAGGUUUAAAUGUUUAUGAUGAAAUGCCUUCAGGACAAGGUUUGAACUGAAUCCCAAUUAUUAAAGACCUCUUUCCUCAGUA